GGCCGAGGGAGGGCCCCUGACUCGGCUCCGCGCGGCGACAUGGACCGGAUGGCCAGCUCCAUGAAGCAGGUGCCCAACCCCCUGCCCAAGGUGCUGAGCCGGCGCGGGGUGGGCGCGGGGAUCGAGGCGGCCGAGCGGGAGAGCUUCGAGCGGACUCAGACUGUCAGCAUCAAUAAGGCCAUUAAUACGCAGGAAGUGGCUGUAAAGGAAAAACACGCCAGAACGUGCAUACUGGGCACCCACCAUGAGAAAGGGGCACAGACCUUUUGGUCUGUUGUCAACCGGCUGCCCCUCUCUAGCAAUGCUGUCCUCUGCUGGAAGUUCUGCCACGUGUUUCACAAACUGCUCCGAGAUGGACACCCGAACGUCCUCAAGGACUCCCUGAGAUACAAAAAUGAAUUGAGUGACAUGAGCAGGAUGUGGGGCCACCUGAGCGAAGGGUAUGGACAGCUCUGCAGCAUCUACCUCAGACUGCUAAGAACGAAGAUGGAAUAUCACACCAAAAAUCCCAGGUUCCCGGGCAACCUUCAGAUGAGCGACCGGCAGCUGGAUGAGGCUGGAGAGAGCGAUGUUAACAACUUUUUCCAGCUAACAGUGGAGAUGUUUGACUACCUGGAGUGUGAACUUAAUCUCUUCCAAACUGUGUUCAAUUCCCUGGACAUGUCCCGCUCGGUGUCCGUGACGGCAGCCGGGCAGUGCCGCCUCGCCCCGCUGAUCCAGGUCAUAUUGGACUGCAGUCAUCUGUAUGAUUACACCGUCAAGCUCCUCUUCAAACUCCACUCCUGUCUCCCAGCCGACACCCUGCAAGGCCACCGGGAUCGCUUCAUGGAGCAGUUCACCAAGUUGAAAGAUCUGUUCUACCGCUCCAGCAACCUCCAGUACUUCAAGCGGCUCAUUCAGAUCCCUCAGCUGCCAGAGAACCCACCCAACUUCCUGCGGGCCUCUGCGCUGUCAGAACACAUCAGCCCUGUUGUGGUCAUCCCGGCAGAGGCCUCGUCCCCGGACAGUGAGCCCGUCUUGGAGAAGGAUGACCUUGUGGACAUGGAUGCCUCCCAGCAGAAUUUAUUCGACAACAAGUUUGAUGACAUCUUUGGCAGCUCGUUCAGCAGCGACCCCUUCAAUUUCAACAGUCAGAACGGCGUGAACAAGGAUGAGAAGGAUCACUUAAUUGGUCAACUAUACAGAGAAGUCAGUGAGCUGAAGGCACAGCUGGAGAACAUGAAGACUGAGAGCCAGCGGGCCGUGCUGCAGCUGAAGGGCCGGGUCAGCGAGCUGGAGGCUGAGCUUGCGGAGCAGCGACAUCUGCGGCAGCAGGCGGCUGAUGACAGCGAGUUCCUCCGGGCCGAGCUGGACGAGCUCAAGAAGAAGCGCGAAGACACGGAGAAGGCCCAGCGGAGCCUGACCGAGAUAGAAAGGAGAGCCCAAGCCAAUGAACAGCGGUACAGCAAGCUGAAGGAAAAGUACAGUGAGCUGGUGCAGAGCCACGCUGACCUGCUGCGGAAGAAUGCAGAGGUGACCAAACAGGUGUCCGUGGCCAGGCAAGCCCAGGCGGAUUUGGAACGAGAGAAAAAAGAGCUGGAGGACUCCUUCCAGCGAAUAAGUGACCAGGCUCAGCGGAAGACUCAAGAACAGACGGAAGUACUAGAGAGCUUGAAGCAAGAACUUGCCACCAGCAAACAGGAACUCCAGAUUGUCCAAGGCAGCCUGGAAACUUCUGCCCAGUCAGAGGCAAAGUGGGCCGGCCAGAUUGCUGAGCUAGAGAAGGAGCGGAGCAGCUUGGCGCAUGCCGUGGCUCGUCGGGAGGAAGAACUAUCCGCUCUUCAGGAACAGCUCGAACACGCCCAGCGGGAACUGUCCAGCGCAAAGGAAUCAGUGUGCCAGCUCGCCAAAGACCAACGGAAAAUGCUGCUGGCGGAGUCAAGGAAAGCUGCGGAGCAGGUGGUCCAGGAGGCCCUGCGGCAGCUCGAGGAGCCCACUCUGAUCAGCUGUGCUGGCUCUGCAGAUCACCUUCUCUCCAAGGUCAAGUCUGUUUCCAGCUGCCUCGAGCAACUGGAAAAAAGCUGGAGCCGCUAUCUGGCCCACCCAGAAGAUAUCAGUGGGCUCCUCCACUCGGUCACCCUCCUUGCCCACUUGACCAGUGACACCAUGGCUUACGUGAGCACCACCUGCCUUCGAGCCCCGCCGGAACCUGCCGACUCGCUGACUGAGGCCUGCAAGCAGUUUGGCAAGGAAACCCUCCUCUACCUGGCUUUCCUGGAGGAGGAAGGAAUGCGGGAGAAUGAUGGCACGGCCGUGAAGAGCUGCCUCAACAGGAUCUCUGCCAUUGCCGAGGAGCUCCUGCCCAGAGGCCUGGACAUCAAACAGGAGGAACUGGGGGACCUGGUGGACAAGGAGAUGGCUGCCACGUCAGCUGCCAUCAAAACUGCUACAGCCAGAAUCGAGGAGAUGCUCAGCAAAUCCCGAGCUGGAGACACAGGAGUCCAGUUGGAGGUGAACGAAAGGAUCCUUGGUUCCUGUACAAGCCUAAUGCAAGCAAUUCAGGUCCUGAUCGUGGCCUCGAAGGACCUCCAGAGAGAGAUAGUGGAGAGUGGCCGGGGCACAGCAUCGCCUAAAGAGUUUUAUGCCAAGAAUUCUCGAUGGACGGAAGGACUCAUCUCGGCCUCCAAAGCCGUGGGCUGGGGAGCCACUGUCAUGGUGGAUGCAGCCGAUCUGGUGGUGCAAGGCAGAGGGAAAUUUGAGGAACUGAUGGUGUGUUCGCACGAAAUCGCUGCUAGCACAGCCCAGCUUGUGGCUGCCUCUAAGGUGAAAGCUGAUAAGGACAGCCAAAACCUGGCCCAGCUGCAGCAGGCCUCCCGGGGGGUGAACCAGGCCACCGCCACCGUUGUGGCCUCCACCAUUUCGGGCAAAUCCCAGAUUGAGGAGACAGACAAUAUGGACUUCUCCAGCAUGACACUGACCCAGAUCAAACGCCAGGAGAUGGAUUCCCAGGUCAGGGUGCUGGAGCUGGAGAAUGACCUGCAGAAGGAGCGUCAAAAACUGGGAGAACUUCGAAAAAAGCACUACGAGCUCGCUGGUGUUGCCGAGGGCUGGGAAGAAGGAACCGAAGCGUCUCCACCUGCACUGCACGAAGCGGACACCGGAAAAGAAUAGAGCCACGCCGACACCCCACAUGUCCGAGUCCUUUUCUGUUUCACCAUCUGCACCAACUCAUGAGCAUCAGAGGGCUGGCGGGGCCCCAAGCCAGGACGCCGCCCUAAAUCUGUGCCAACAGAACAGCAGGAGCGUCCUGGCCGAGCACGCCAAGGCAACUCUCCCCUCUCUUGGCAGUUCCAUGGAUUUCCCACUGCUUCUUAUGGUGGUUGGUUGGGUUUUUGGUUUUUUUU